AUGAUUUGUAAACCGCCAUUUGGUAGCAGCACAGACAGACGACGAAUUAACGUUCACCCAAGAUGGAUGAAAGAAAUCAUGUCCACUUCAAUUGGUCCAGGUUGCUAUGAAUAUAAUGGAUCAGUUACAUUGAAAAGAAACACCACAAACAUUUCCAAUUUAAAAAAUAAUAUAUCAGGCUGGAAACGAGAAUACGAAGUGCAGCGCAAUGCCACCAUACCGAAUUUAUUCAGUCGAAAUCUAAAACUAUCAAAGGAAUCCCAGCAAAGAAAUCUUGGACCUGGUCGGUAUAACCUACCAAGAGAAAUUCAAACGAAGGGAACCUCAAAAUACAUAGGACCCAUAAAUACAACUGCAGAUCGCUUUUUAGAACUCAGAGAAAAUGAUACUCCAGGAGUGGGUACUUAUGGGAUGAAAGGUGAUCCUUAUCUUUAUAAAGAAUUAAUGGACGCGAAGCACAAAUCCGGUUGCACAAAAGGCUUAUUAGAAUGUGGUGGGGAUGGAAGUCGUUCUUUACCGUUGACAGGGUGUAAUAUUGCACCAGGUACCUACGAACUCAGUGGUUCGGUACAGAAACUACUGGAUAAAAAAACUGGGAAACGCGGACCUUAUGAUUUGAUGACUGGAACGAGAAGCUUUACUUAUACUUCUGAAUACCCAGAACCAGGAACCUAUUCAUUAACAUCGUUUACAUCCAAUCUUUUGCGACCAGAAAAAAAGUAUACAGGGAUGUUUCGUAGACUUGUUGUUGACCAAAGGAAAAUGGACCAGUGCUAUUCUGCUAGGAUGCAAAACGAAAUCAUAAAAUCUAAGAUAGGACCAGGAUAUUAUGAUCCAAAAUAUCUAGAUGACAAGGAUAAAAGUUUUAAUCAUCAAGCUCCCCCAUUUUUGUCCAGCGCCUCUCGCAAUUCACAAUCAAUAUUUGGCAAUAGACAGAGUCCAGUUGGUCCUGGACGCUACAAUUCAGAAAAUUAUGAUCGGUCACGGUGUGUAUGGGGUGCUAUGUGUUCAUUUGACUCUACUUCAUCAGCACGUUUAAGUCUAAAAGAAGCUUCAAAAUUAAGAGAAAGAUUACGUCCACUCAAUGUAACAUUUCAUGAAAAGUCACUCAUCAACAAUAACAACAACAGGUCACGUGCUAUUCCACUGAUUGCUUAA